AUUUUCCGUGCGUCGGUCGCAGAAGCAAGUCGUCGUUGCCCGGUGAUCAUGGCGUUUGAUUUUUUUCAUUACAUAGUGUUUGUCCAUUUUUACAAACGUUUGAAUAUGUGAUUAAAAAAUUACGAAUGCGUAGCACCGGUGCCGCCGGCGGGUCUUCUCGACCGCAAUGACUAUACGCUUAGCUUCGGAGAACGUGAGUUCGCGGAUAUAGGUGUCGAUCCGACACACACGUUCUCCGUCUAAGUACAGAUAAUAACUCCGUCACGUUAUGUCGAACCAACAUCGGACGUUCCAAAACAAAUAAUUUCACUGAUGGACGAUAUCCAAUCAAACAGAUGCGGAACACCGUAAUCCAAGUCACGUAUAUUUCUGGAUACUGCAAUAUUCUUGUUAUCGCGUUAUGCGUACAAAAAAGAAAAUGUUCUUACAAUCGAGUCGAAGUACGCUACCGACUGCCGUGUCACAUUAAGUAUACAGGAUUUAAUCGCGAUCCUAAAUUCGAAAAUGUUAAUUUUCGAGGCGGUCGUACGGAAAAGCGCCAUGAGUCAACCAUCAGUAUCGAAACAAUUCCGUCAGAUUGUUCGUUAUAUAAUAGAAGAAAUAACCGAAAAUGACAACGCCACCGCCAGCAGAUAUGAACACAAAUGUCCAUAAUAAAUCUUCGAGAUGAAAAAAUCGUAAUGUCCUUGCCGAAACUCGGCGUUAGUUAUGCCGGUCGAAUCAAAAUGUAUGCGACACCACAAUUGGCAGAGUGCCGGACGAUUAUGCAGAGCUCGGGUAGUCUUACGAUUAUACCAACGUCACCGAGCUGUUCCCCGACGUCGCCUGGUUGUUUGACGCCGCCGCCGACGUAUGCCGUAAGAGGAUUCGGCCACGGCGAUCCGCAACAUAUUACAACGCCACCGGUACCGAAGGGAGAGAUGGAUGAAGAAUUGGAUUCUGCAGUUUCAUAUUGGUAAGGAAGACACCUCGCUGUACAUUCAACUAUCGAGUUUCAACCACUUUUAAGUAUUAUGCUACAUUUAUACUACCUUAACAGUUGGGUUUUUUUUUUUUUUUUUUUGUAAAUGAAAAGACUAAAUGUAUGUAGGUAAAUAUUUGUUUAUUAGCACUCUGGUAGUCGAGUUGUCGAGUACAUCCUUAUUUGACUGGCAUCACUAACGCCGUGUUUCGUCAAGGAGGAUACGAUUUGUUCGUCUUGAGGACUUUUCAUAGACAUUAUUAUUCUAUUCGUAUCUGCUGGUAGCUAUGUUGUCAUUCUGGUAAUUUUUUCUACUAUAUAAUGAACAAUCUGAUUGAAUUGUUUCAAUAAUGAAGGUUGACUGAUAGCGGUUUUCCGUGCCGCUGUCUCGAAAAUUAACGGUUUCGAAUUUUGGAACUCGAUUAAAUCGUGUUUACCUAAUGUGGUACGGCAGCCUGUAGCGGACUUCGAUUCGAUUAUAAGAACAUUUUUGUUUUUGAACGCAUAACCCGAUAACUCGAAUAUUGCGGUCUCCAGAAAUGUAUGUGCCUUGUAUUGUGGUGUUUCGUGUCUGUUUGAUUGGAUUUCGAUCAUCAGUGAAACAAUUUGUUUUGGAGCGUCUGAUGAUGGUUUGACGUAACGUGAUGGAGUUAUUAUCUGUACUUUGAAGGAGAACGUGUCUGUCGGGUUGACACCUAUAUCCGCGAACUAACGUUCUGUGAAGCUAAGCGUGUAGCUAUUGCAGUCGAUAAGACCCGCCGGUGGCACCGGUGCUACGUAUUCGUAAUUUUUAAAUGACAGUUGAUGUCGUAAUAGGUUGGAAGGAGUGGUGAAGAGGUCUGUUGUCGCCGACGAUUGUAUUUCGUAUUAUGCGGGAAGGAGCAGACAGGGAUUGUGACGACGGUUAUACUGCGUAUAGGUAACAAUUUGCGUAUGAGUAAUAUUAUUUUGUUAAAUAAUAAUAAUAGAUGNAUGUGUGUAUAUAAUGUAUAUAAUGUAUCACAGACGGGGAACCUUGGGUGGAACUCUCUAUUUUAUACUACUUAGCAUAACGAUAUUACAAUAUUAUUACCAACACCGUAAACCUGUACGUCAAUAACUAUAUUUUGUAUCAUGUUUUUUAUUUUACGCUCCUCCACAGAUCUAUUACUGUAUUUGUUGAUUUGUUGAAUAUACAAAAUAUACAUAAUUGCUAUUAAC